AUAUCUCAAACACUCAACCUCAACAGUUCACUCCACCUCAAGAAUUUCUUAGUUCAGCAUUCAAUAACAGUAACAGCACAAAUGAUUCAUUAAAUUUUUUAGCAUCUGAAACGUUGACAAUCGGUACUUGGCGACGAAUCUCCACAACGCCAACUGAUCUCUUGUGUUACUAUACACUUCCGCAAAAGUUAUUCACUUAUCACAUCACAAAUAACAAUCGACAUUUCAAGAUGGAAUUUCCACUCUCAGAAAUCACUGCAAUUGAAUUCCGACCAAUUGAUGAUGUUUCCGCUCAACUUGCUAUUGAAGUAAGAGAUCCGCCAAGCUUCUAUAUGGAAGGGGCACAUGGACAAUGGACAAUGUGCACCGAUUUCACGGAAGAUAAACAAGCCACACGUCAUAUGAGACAUGUCAUAAAAGGUCGUUCUGAAACAUUGAAGAAGCAAGUCUUCAAAUUUAUGCAAGACGAUGCUCAAAUUGCAAAGGUUACUUCGAUCCACGAUGAUGUCAAACUUGAAAUUGAUAUGAACCUGUACUGCAGUGAUGAUACUAAUGGUGAGCAACAACAACAGCAAACCCUUACUCGUCGUUCAUCUUUUCCAAGCGGCUCGAUCGCUGAAAAUUUGAGAUUCGUAGAAGAUGCAGGAUCUCAAUCUGACAAAGAAGUUGAUAUAAGAAAUGCUGAGAUCUUAAAACAGCAUACACGUGUUCGACGUGCAGCUUCGGUUCCGUUAUCACCUUCGGAUGAUUCAGCUGAUCAUUCUGCCACUUCGGCCUUGGCCACCGCUACUUCAGCCAUGGCACAGAAUGCAGCAGCCUUACAAAUAAAUACGUCAGUCGCUUUGCUUGAUAUAUUUAAAGCCGGACACAUCAGCUCACCGGAAUUUUGUUCAUCACCAAUGGAUAUUAAUUCAUCCUCACCAGCGACACCACCUGAUGUUUAUAAUCAAUCACCAGAACUUAUUCACACAUCACCACUUCAGGCACAUGAUCCUUUUGUUACCCUACCAGAAAAUAAUCUUACGAACAUGUCAAUCGAUACAACUUCUUCAUUGUAUUCUGAUGACCUCGCCGCUGCUUUGAACGCCUCCAGUGGUCUACCGAAUGUUACCAAUGAAGAUUUCGCCAGCAUUUUUGCCGGCGGUCAUUCUUCUGACGGUAGCGAUUUCUUGACUUUUGGAGAUACGCUUGGUAACGAAAAUCUUUCGAGCUCAAAUCAUGGUCUUGGAUUAGACGAUUCCUGGGUCAACGGAGAUGUGGCGUAUUGUUAA